AUAUGUUUUCUAAUUGUUACAUUGUUACGUUUGGUGAUACUUGUCAUGUAUGUAUGUACAUAUGUACCUAUCCGUACUUACCUAUAUAUGUAUAUGUAUAUACGUACUCAUGUUAAUCGGCAUGAAAAGCAUAUAAUCAACCGAAACUAAAAGCUGUAUAAAAGAUUUGUUUUUUAUUCGUUAGUCAUGAACACGUUAACGAGUGACAAUGAUUUAUUCAAUACAUUGGUGUUAGAAAACAUCUCGCCUCAAUGUCGUAACGAAAGUAAUUUUAAAACUGCUUACGAAAUAAAUCAAUUCGAAAAAAGUAAUAUCUUGGAAGCAUCUAUCAAUGAUUGUUCAUUGCAAGAAAUAUAUCAAAGUAAAAACGACGUUAUGGAAUGCAAUGUCGAAGAUUGUAAUAGUGUGUUGAACGUUAAUGAGCAAAUAAUUUCCUCUUUGUUAGAUUUAAAAAGACACAUAACCUCUGCUCUUCAGAAAUGUGAAAAAAAAUUGAUAGUGAUAGAAACAAGUUUACAGAAACAUUCAGGUGGAGAUACAAAGAUUUUAAUUUGUAAUGCUGGUAUACCAUACUUCAAAGAUAGAAAUUACUUUUUUCCACCUAAAAACGAAGAUGAAAUACUAAAAGAAAAUUGGAAAGAACUGCAGCUGAGAAAUCUUCCCAAAGUCUGUUCAUGGACAAUUAAGGAAAGAAACGUACUUCUAAAAGCAAUAAAAGAAGAAGCUAUCGCUGAUGUACUACGUUCUCAAAAGACAGAUUGUACGACGGUUGAUGGGCUAACAGUUAAAUCUAUUAUUAAGGUUGAAGAGGAGAGGAGAGAGGACAAAACGUUCCCACCUACAGAUUUCUCAGAAAUUGUUGGCCCAUUAGAAAAAAAAGAAUUUGAUUGGUUCAAAAUAUCGUCUAUUCAUUUUGACGAUAUACAUUCUCCGCUUGAUUGUCGUGUUAUGUGGAACGUUUUCCUUCAUCCUGAUAUCAACAAAAACGUUUGGCCAAAAUCGGAAGACGUUAAAUUGAAAGAAAUUGUAAAGAAACAUAAAUUUCAAAACUGGGACAAAAUUGCUAAAGAUUUGAGUACAAAUCGCACUGCGUAUCAAUGUUUUAUUAGAUACAACACGACUAAAAAGUUGCCUAAAGUUCAAAAUUACACGUGGAAAUCUGAAGAAGACGAGAGACUUUUAAAACUGGUCGAUAUAUUUAAAAUCGGUGAUUUUAUUCCCUGGGGUGAAGUGGCCAAUUGGAUAAAAAAUAGAACUAAACAACAAGUUUACUUCAGGUGGACGUACAGCUUGUCGCCUUAUUUAAUCAAAGGUAGAUUCACUAAAGCCGAAGAUAAACUUUUAAAAGAUGCUGUUAUUAAGUAUGGUACAAAUUUUCGUAAAAUAUCAGCUGCAUUAAUGCCUAAUAGAUCGACCGUUCAACUUCAUGAUCGUUAUGAAAUAUUAAUCUCCAAUCAAAUUGAAAAAAGGAAAGUAUGGACGUUUGCAGAAGAUUCAAAAUUGCUUGAUCUGUUUGCACGUUUUGGUCCAAAUUGGUCGAGAAUAGCUAAAGCAUUUUCAAGCAAAACUAGAACUCAGCUGAGACAUCGGCACACAGCUCUACAGAAGUACAUUAAAAGAGGCAUUUCUCUGCCUGAACUACAUAGAAAUCAGUUCCCUACUAUCAACAAAACCAGAAAUAAACAGAGGGAAAAGAUAUCUUACAAGGAUACACUUGAUCAAAUUAUGAAUCCAUCGAACGAACACAAUGACAAUAAUAUAGAUACAGAAUUAAUCAAGUAUUUUUAUACAAAACAAAAAGCAACGCUCGUUCAUAAGAAUAAGCUUUAUACUACCGAACAGUUAUCACACGAUACAAAAAAGUUGUACAGUAUUUUACAACAAUUACAUGCUAAACUUCGCAUACCCGAUAACAUCGCUAAUAUAAAAUUAACCGAUAAAGAUCAACAACUUUUAUAUUCAUUGAAAGAAUAUGCAAAGCUGAAGAGUGAUACGGAAAAACGCUUUCAAGUUAUAGAUGAAUGCAGUUUACGCAUGUUUGGAACAAAUCAUGAUAAACGAGAAGAUUCUCACUUUAUACCGCCACCUCCUUCUGAUUCGCAAAUAAAAUUGAAAUCAAGUAAAUCGGUCGAAAGUAAAUGCAUUGAUUACAAUUUAAAUACAAACGAUAAGUUUUUAGUUGACAAACCGGCAGAAAUGAGUACUCCAGAUUUUGUCAUUUCUCACAUUGGUGGUCACGAGCAACAAUUGCAGUUUCAAAAAUUAAAUCGGUUAUUUCAAGUUACCGAUGUCGGCGAUAAACGGUCUUACUUACGAAAUGCUUCUAUACGUCCAACCAAAAUAUUCUUGUUACAGCAAAAUAAUAAUAACUUGACCGAUAGAAAGGAUUCAAGUGGCAACGAUAAAUUAACAGAAAUCGGAACAAUGGUUCGUUCUGAAUGCAAUGCUAUAUCCUUCGAAAGAAAAAGUGUCGAUACUCGUAGGCAUGUAAAGUUACAAAGCGAUAAUCACAGGAAAUCGCGCAUGGAAACCGUUAAAAAAAAUUACGCGUUAUUUACUAUGCCCGAAGAGAUUCGGUAUUCAUCGUCUACUUCCGAAACAGAGAUAACUACGGAAAAGGAUGUAUCCGUGAUAGAAGCAACCUAUGCAACCAUGUUGAGUUUCAAAAAUUUAAUACAUUUCAAACGAUUUAAUGAAAGUUAUAUCGGAUCGAAUCAAUUUUUGACGCAACAAUCGUAUAGGUUUGAGGAAGCGUUCAAAUUAUUGGAAACUCGUUUAGAACAACUAUUUCGGUAUCCAAUAGGUUUGUCAAAAACUGCAUUGCCAGAAGUUUAUGUAAUAGAUACCACGGAGAACACAAAUUCGAAUGGAAAAUCUUCCGAUGUAUCGAAAAUAAAAAAGUUACAAACAUUCGAUAAAAGUAAUAAAGAUGUAAGCUGAUAAAAUAUGGUAAAAUUGAUUUAUUAACCGUUUUUCGUUCAUCAGCGAUCGAACGGUAUAUACUCGAAAAUCGAAGUAUCCCUCUUUAUUAUUGUAGUAAUAAACGUGUUUUCGAUUUCCCAAAAUCCUUUAUAUGAAAAAAGGUUGCACACCUUUCUCUUAUACUCUUUUAAAGAUUUAAAAAAAAAACCAUCCCCGCGUUUUUUUCCCGUUUUGGGGAAACACCCUCCCCCUGUCGUCCUCCACUAGAACACGUCCCAGUUGGGUUGACGUUCUUAGAUCAUAUAUACGUAUAUGGCGACAAGGCCCGUGAUGGAGCGCUUGCGAGAAAGGAUGUAUGUAAUACUCGUGCAACACCUUGCAGCCAUCACGGGAAAGAGGGGCCCAGGUGCCGUGGCGCCAUGCUCCCACUUAUAACCCCCACAAUAAUUUCGUUUCUUUAAACGGUUGAAUUAUUAGUUUCAUUUUUUGUAUUUCGUCUGUAAACAGUACAGUAUUUUAUUUAAUGAAACGACGAUGAACCGUUUAACAUUUUCUUGUCGGCCAAUUUACGUUACGCCACCAUUAAUUAUUAUGUACGGUUACGGCUAGUUGGUUUUUAGAAAAAUAUUCUAUUCAUUCCGCUUCUAUUGCAUUUCUGUGUUAUUGGCAAAAAAAAUUAAACUAGAAAAAAGAAACAAUUUUACAAAUCAUAAUAAUAUAAAUGUUAGAACAAGAAUAUGAGAAAUUCCAUGAUUUCUAGACAAACUGUUAAAACACAUUAAACGAUGAAUGCAAAUUAUAUAUAAUUCCAAGUAUUAAAAUAAAUUUAAAUACAAAUUACAUGUAAACUUGACUUAAACACAUUUUGUACAAUGAAUAAUAAAAAUAAACCCUGUGGUUUUUUUUUAUUAGA